AUGUCUGCCGGCUGGUAUGUUGUUAAAUUUAAAAAUGAAAAAAAUAUAAUUGAAGUAAUUCCAAGUAAUUGGAUUAAGAACUUUGAAGCAUGUUUCUGGCCUUUAAAAUUUGGUUCAAUUAAAUUGCAAUCGGCCAUAAAAAACCGUGCAAAUCCAGAAAAAGAUUGGAAAUUAUAUCCCAUAAAAGUCAUAUGCAACAAAAUGUUUACUGUGUAUAAGGAUGCUUCUAAAUUUGCUAAUGAGACCCUAGCCCAAAGUUCAUCAGAAAGUGAACAACUAACUGCUAAAAAAACAUCAACUAAACGCAAAAAAAAGAAUAAACAAAUUGAUUGUAGCAGUGGACCAAGUAGUGAUGAAAAACUAUCAGAUCUGCCACCAUUCCCAAAAUUCAAAAAAAAUGAUUUUAAAGAAACAGAAUCCAGUGUAGAUGUUUCACAUAAUAUAGAAUGUAGUCUAAAUGAUGAUUUAAACAUGGUAUCUAAUGAAAAUCAAAACAUUUUUGUUAUCAAUGACGAAGAUAACCAAAAUAUUGAUCUCAGUGAUGGUUUUAGAUGUAUAAUAUCUAAUAAUCAAAACAAUGUCUCUUCAGAUGAAUCAUUUACAGUUAUUGAUAACAAUGACAUUGGGGUUAGUAAUGGAUCAGACAAUUUGCCAUCUGUUAGUGGUAACAAAAACCAAAACUACAAUUUUCCAGAAGACACAGUUAAUAAUCAAACUGCAGUGACCAUGCAAGAAAUUAAUCUGAAUGAUAUAGAUUUUGGGAGUUUAGUGUCAGUUCCACAAAACAAACAGAAAACUCACAUUUCUUCAGAAGUUGAAACACAGAUCUUAAGACAACUUAUUACUUUAAACGCCAGAUGUAAAGAACAAGGCGACUACCUUCAUACAAUAAUGAUGGUAGUAAACAACAUUCAAGAGAAGCAAGAUAAACAAACUUCAUCUAUUGCAGUAUCAUCAGCUACUAAUGAUGAAUUUGAAAAUGUAUGUGUAAUGCUUCCGAUAUCAAAUGAGUUAUCACUAACAAACUUUAAAGAAACUUUGAUAAACAAUAAAACAUUAUAUUAUAAAAUGGUGAAAAUGUUGGCCUUGCUUGGUGGAUCUAAUUUUAAAGAGUCAGUCAGACGGAUAUUAAGAAAGUUAUAAAUAAUAACCAAUGAUUAUGCUAAAUCUUUCAGUUACACGGGGCACAAGAAUAACAAAACUGCUUUGAACAAUACUAUUCUGGCAUCAUUACUUACUAAGGCUAUCCAUUCAUCCGCCAACAAUGCUAAUACUUCUGUUAAACAAAUUGAGCUGGUGGCAAGUAUUUGGCUUAUCAAAGCAUACGAAAGGUGCAAACAAGCAGCAGAAAUUCCAUUAUAA